AUGGCAGGCAAAUUCCCCCUGCGCAUGAAGCCCGCCAGCUUCACAAGUGCGUCACGCAGGUCGUUGUCGUCCCUAGCCUCCAGCACCAGCCGCAGAACAAGCUCGCCAGUCAUUCCAAGACAAUCAACCUUCCUACCACGAGCAGUCCUCCGGCAAUCGUUCAUCCGAACGUAUGCUGAAAAUGCUGCUCCACAAGCACCUCAAGCCAUCCUCUCCCCAACGCCCAAGCCCAAGAAACGUUUCAGGUACAUCCGCAACCUAUGGCGCGUCACAUAUCUUUCCGUCCUGGCUGCAGUGGGAUAUACGACAUACACCGUCUGGGAGGGCAAUAAUCCUCCCGAGCAGUUUGAACCAGAUCCAAGCAAGAAGACUUUAGUUAUCCUAGGAACGGGCUGGGGUUCCGUGUCCCUACUCAAGAACUUGGACACUGAAAAUUACAAUGUCGUGGUCGUCUCACCUCGGAACUAUUUCCUCUUCACGCCUCUGCUCCCAUCAUGUACCACCGGCACCAUCGAACAUCGCUCCAUCAUGGAACCUAUUCGAAACAUUCUCCGACACAAGAAGGCGAAGGUGCAAUACUACGAAGCGGAAUGCACCAAGAUUGACUAUGAGAAGAAGGUUGUCUACGCCAAAGAUGAUUCGGAAAUUAAGGGUGACACCAUGGAAACCCAGAUCCCGUUCGACAUGCUCGUGGUGGGUGUCGGGGCCGAAAAUGCCACCUUUGGUAUUCCGGGUGUGCGUGAGCACGCCUGCUUUCUGAAGGAAGUCGGUGACGCUCAAAAGAUCCGCAAGCGUAUCAUGGAUUGCGUCGAAACUGCCACUUUCAAGGAUCAACCCCCUGAAGAAAUUAAGCGUCUCCUUCACAUGGUCGUGGUCGGCGGUGGGCCAACCGGCGUGGAAUUCGCCGGUGAGCUGCAGGACUUCUUCCAGGAAGAUCUGCUGAAAUGGGUGCCUCAGAUCAAGGAAGAUUUCCACGUCACCCUCGUCGAAGCCCUUCCCAAUGUGCUGCCCAUGUUCAGCAAGCAACUGAUCGAGUACACCGAGUCUUCCUUCAAGGAAGAACACAUUGAUAUCCGCACCAAGACCAUGGUCAAGAACGUCACUGACAAAUACAUCGAAGCGGAAGUGCAGCAGCCGGGCGGGACCAAGCAGGUUGAGAAGAUCCCGUAUGGCCUGCUGGUCUGGGCGACCGGCAAUGCUUUGCGUUCUGUUGUGAAGGAUCUUAUGUCGCAAAUCCCCGCUCAAGCCAAAGCUCGGCGAGGUCUGGAGGUCAAUGAGUACCUCGUGGUCAACGGUACCGAGAAUAUCUGGGGGGUGGGCGACUGUGCUGUUGCCAAUUACGCCCCCACUGCGCAGGUGGCCGCCCAAGAGGGCGCUUUCCUCGCUCGUCUCUUCAACACCAUGGCUAAAACUGAUGCCAUUGAGGACGAACUUCGAGAGCUCUCGGCGAAACAGGCCACCACAUCAGGAGACGACCGCAAUGCCGUUCUCAACGAGAUCAGAGAGCGCCAGAAGCAGCUCCGCCGCAUCAAGCAGAUUGGCCCCUUCCAAUAUUCACACCAGGGUUCGCUGGCGUACAUUGGGGCGGAAAAGGCUGUGGCCGACGUAUCCUGGUUCAGCGGCAACAUCGCGACUGGUGGCACCUUGACAUAUCUGUUCUGGAAGAGCGCGUACUUGAGUAUGUGCUUCAGCGCGCGCAACCGCGUCCUUGUGGCGUUCGACUGGACCAAAGCCAAAUUCUUUGGACGUGAUGUGUCGAGAGAGUGA